ACACUACGCACACGCCACGGCCACUCGCGCGUUCGUCGUUCGCGCCGACGACACUCGGUGAUUUGAUCGCCGCUGCCACCGCCUCCACUUCGCCGGUCAGACACGACAUUAAUUCUUUUAAAUAUCAAUAUUAUAAUGUUAUAAUAAUUUUUGAUAAUAUUUCGAACAUUUUUGCCCGUCGAUCGAAGUCGUGUUUUUGUCAUACGUUUGUCAUCGUCCAUUCGUAUUAAGAGUUCGCAUGGUAACGCGUUCACGUAUUACGAUUAUAUUUAAACAAUAACAGUAGGUUUUUCGACAUCCGAUCAGCCCCCCCCCCUCUCGCCCCGGACCGUCAAUCAUCCGCACACCCCCAUCAGUAUCCCCAAACUGCACCGCCGCCGUUACGUAGAAUAUUAUAAUAUAAUAAUAUGUCUCGUUAAAAUGGUGUACAGAAAUUUCAAUAAAACUCUGAGUAGGUUGUGAAAAAAGAAGAAGUGUCUCUCAUAUUUUCAUGAUUAUUAUUUCGAUAUAAUCGAGUAAAAAUCCCUAUGACCAUGGAUAAUUGCGCGGCACUAAUUGUUCAGGACCAGAAGUACUGUUACUUCCGGAAAGCAGUUCACUUUUGGGCGCAACAGGCACUGCUGCCAGCUGUUGUGGCCGUGGGCGUGGUGGGUAACAUGCUUUCCGUGGUCGUACUUACCAGAGAACCGAUGAAGAGCUCCACCAGCACGUAUCUGACUGCUCUGGCUGUAUCCGACUUGUUCUAUUUGCUGUUUGUGUUUACCAUAUCCUUUGAGAACUAUCCGUGGAUCGUCGAGGCCGAUUACUACAUUUAUUGGAAAUGGUAUCCUUACGGGCUGUGGCUUACCGACGCUGCUAGUAACACGUCGGUGCUGUUGACGGUAUCGUUCACCGUCGAACGGUACAUAGCCGUGUGCCAUCCUCUGCGCGGCCGCGUUCUGUGCACCGAGUCCCGGGCCAAGCGAGUCAUCCUGAUGGUGGCGCUAUUCUGCAUCCUGUGCACGGCCACCACGCCGCACGAGUGGCACAUAGCCAUCAACGCGGCCACAGGCAAGUUCCAGAAGAGCAGCACGGAACUGGGCCGGAACGACAUUUACAAGAAGGCGUACAACUGGUUUUGCAUCAUCACGUUCAUAUGCGUACCGCUGCUUGUGCUGGCCGUGCUCAAUUGGUUCCUGAUCAACGCGGUCAACCAGAGCCGCCGGAACCGGACGCGGCUCACGUGCCAGGGGAACGUGGUGUGGAACAGGCAGCGGCAGGAGAACAAAAUGACCAUGACGCUGAUCGCCGUAGUGAUCAUGUUCUGCGUGUGUCAGACGCCGACGGCCGUGAUGAUGCUGACGGCGUCCGUGUACGAGCCGCCCGAGAAGACACCCGCGUACUACGUGAACCGCGGUCUGCACACCAUAUUCAACUUCCUGAUGGUGGUGAACGCCGCGUCCAACUUCAUGCUGUACUGCGCCAUGAGCCGCAAGUACCGGCGCACGCUCAUGAUCACGUUCAUGCCGUUCCUGGGCGGCCCGGCACGCGCGCAACGCUACGCUCCGGUCGUCGGUCAGCUACCCGCGGUCCGGCACCAUGGUCCGGCGCAACACGGAGGUCACGCAAAUGACCGACAUAAUCGGCGCCGCGGCCACCGGCAAACGCGAACCUCUCAUCCGGGCCGGCACCAACCACGGCAGGCACGCCGCCAACAACAAGCAGCAGCUGACCGCCACGGCCGUUCUCUAAGCGCGCCGCGGUCGUAUCAAGCCGGGUUCACAGCGUCGUGCCGUGCGGCGCUUUUUGUCGUAUUUUCGUGACAAUCAUAAUAUUAUAUUAUAAUGAUAUAACCACGAACUAUGUCGUGAAAAUUUCUAUGUCCAACCGAGCUCGACUUUUGGACGCUACACGACAGACGACAUAUGUGACUGCAGUGAACCCGGCUUUAUUAUAUUAUACAACUGAUGUCCGACUAUUACAUCUAUGAUAUUAUGAUAAUAUUAUAAUGACAUCCGUCCCACUAUACAAUUAUUAUUAUUAUCAUUACCAACUAUAUAUUAUUUUAUAAUUUACUGUUAUAUACACACACACGAAUCACGACUGUACAUGAUAUGUUUGCGUAAAAUAUUCACAGGCUAUACAUAUUACAUAUUAUUAUGUUUACAGGCACCUGCCUAUCAUCGCCCCUUCGACAAUCGACAACGCGAUUUUCACUCGACUAAAAUGAUUAUGCGAUUUACGUCGAAAUACGACCAGAUAACUUCUCGGGCGGACAGCAAUAUUGGGCCACAUGGCACGUCAUAUUAUUAUCUACCUGUUUCGUAUACAAAACAUUACCCGGGUAUUGGACCACAACUAAAAUAUGAAAUGUUUAAAGGGUACCGGCAAUUACCAUAUAUAUUAAAUAUAAAUAUAAAUUUUAUAACUUAAUCAAUAUAAUACUAUUAUAUCUUAAAUCAAUUCAAUUUAAUAUAUUAUGUAUAGUUAAUGCCCACAUAUUAUUCAACCAACAAAGCCAUGAAAUUAUUAAAUUAAAUAAAAAUAUUUAAUAAUAUACAAUAAUUAUAGGUACCUACGCACUGCAGUUCAGUUAUAAAUUAUAAUAAUUAUAUCAAUAAUAAGCCGAAAACUACUAUUUUUUCAAAUAAUGAGAUAAGUUACAAUUAAAAACAUAUCAUUACUAGUACGAUUACGGUAUAGUGGGACAAAUAACAAAUAUACCUCGUGAUGAUGUUCCCCAACAACUAUAAGGAAGUUCAUAAAAAUAGUUAAGUCGUGGCCUAUAGUGCCCCAGUUACCGCAGGUGCACCUUCUAUAUGUGUACAAUUGUAGUAGCCAAGUUACUGUAUAGGUAUUCCUUUUUAAAAAUGGUUAAUUAUUGUGGCCCGGUUCCCGAACGCCUGUAAUCCCUCGUAUGUAUAAAAGUAUAAAACCCUUUUCUUCGUCUAGGUAGAGCAUGUACCUUUACAGUUUACACGUACACCCACCAGUAACGGAUACUGUAAGAAGAAUCUGUCGCGUUUGCGUCACAUUUCGAUAAUCCUCGUUGAAUUUCGUUUUCGGAAAUUAUUUCCAAAACGUGUACAUAUUAUACUAUAUAACAUUUUGUACAUAGGUAGUGUAGUUUUUCACACGAAUAGGAGCACCACGUGGUCCGGUGAAAAGUAUAUAUAUAUGACGAUUUACCAUCAUUGGGCCUGUAUAUAGUAUGCGUUACGAUAAUAUUAUAUUCUAACACCACAUGUGUGCUGCCAUCGAGCAGUGGCGUGUCUAAACGACUUUUAAACUUGAAGCAAUACAAAUAAUUAAGAACCCACCUAGGGGUUCCAAAAUACAGAUGUCCCAUAUAAAUACAUUUUUUUUCUACAGAAAAAAAUCCGUCAUCGUAUUUCGUAUUUUCAACGCGUAUCACACACCCACGCCCAUUUUAGACAUAAGGACAUUUCUUGAAAAAUACCCUCUUCAGCUAGCCACUGGCUAUGAUAUUAUCAAGUCUGCAGUCAGACCUCCGAAAAUGCCACGGCGGCCGGGCACUUGGAUUACACGUCACACACCAGCUAACUCUCUCCUCGCCGGAUAAAAUGACGAACCAGUGACUGGUGUGGCCCAAUGCGUUGUAAAAAUAUAAUAUAACAACAGUUUUUUUCAUAAUAUUCGUAUUUCCAAGUCGAAGGGGAGGAUUUUAGAAUCGUUAAAAUCAUUUCGAGUCGGAGAAGCUGCAGAUUAUAAUGUACAAUUUCGUUAGAGCAGUCACGCGCGCGUGUAUCUAUAUUAUUAUAAUAUCCUUUUAUCCGCCCGAAAGCGGCGCUGAACACGAUUACUGCCGGCGCCAAAAGCAGUAAUUAUUAUUAGCUGGUAGGUAUAUAUAAUCUACAUAAUAUUAUAGUGACGCAAAUUACUAUCUUCAAGGUUUUGAGAUAAUGCAGGCCCACACGUGCACCUUUAUAUAUAUAUAUAUACAUACACAUAUUAACAUAUAUAACGUAAGUUAAAGGUUCAUUCUUGCUCGUUACGAUUACAUUUUCUUUCUUGUUUUCUCGUGCUUAGGUACUUAGGCUACUUAGCCAAUUAAUGCUAUAUAACUAUAUAUAUAUAUAUAUUAUAUUGAGUUUUGUUAGCACAUGAAAUGAACAUAUUACAUUUUAGGAUCGACAGCGUGUGAUAAUUCCUGUGAUCUAGGAUCCCAUAUAUUUAAGUCCCAUCAAUGCACAUCCUCCGGCGAAAUAUCAAAAAAAGUUAACUUUUUUUAUUAUAACGCUUAUACCUACACAAGUUUAAAAGAGAUUUUUAAAUGAGAUGAAGUGUCACUCCCGCGGACGUUUAAUCGUCAAAUGCACGGCAUAAAAACAAGAGUCCGAAUCAACGCAGGUAAUAUAAUAUUGUAAUAUAAAGGGGUUAUUCAAAAUGAUUCAUCCGAUAUAAAAUGUUUAUAUAUUUUUAGUUUUUAGGAUUAGAGUAAUAUAAUAUGAUAGGUACUUACAUUAAAUAAAAUAACAAUAUUUCAAAUUAAUUUAAUGGUAUAAUCUACCUAUAUAAAUAUAUAAUUAAUGUUCUAUUUGACUUUCCUUUGUCACAAGAACAACAUAAUAUAGUAGGAACUUAAAUUCUGGUACGAUACGAUUUCGCACUUUUUUCCUUUUUAUACUUGAGAAAACAUAACACGAAUGCGCAUAACAAACAAUUUAUAUUGUUGGAUUACUUGGAUUUAAAGAAAUAUCAAUAAUAUUGUCUAAUAAUGUCACUGAUGAUUUACUUACACUACUAAAACGUAGUAUCUAUUACCUAUAUAGUAUAUAUAAUAUAAUAUAUACAUAUCUAUUAUAUUAUAUUAAAUUGUAUUUUAAAAAUAAUAUUCGUCAACAAAAAUAUAAUCAAAAUAUAAUAACGUAGGUACAUAUAGUCUAUAGUCUAUAUAGUCAGAAAUAUUGAUUGUGCGUCCAACGAAAAACAAACUAAAAUAUAAACGAAGUUCACAAAGUUUCCAAAUUUCCUUAAGUCGGUAAAUUCAUAGUUACAUAAUAAUAACCUAAUACAUACGUAUAUAAAUUAAUCUUAAUAAAAAAAUAAAAACUUUUUGUGCUUAAUCGUGUUGUUUUUUGCAGGUAAAAAGUCUGCAAUCGUGUUACGUCCCUUAAAUUUAUUCCACGCAUAUCCGCUGGAAUAGCCUCCGCUAUUUUUUUAGCUUCUCUGUGUUGAAGAUAAAUCGUGGUACACUGCCACCCUGGUACAGUAUCCUACUUUCCUCAUCGGCAGUACCUUUUUGAAUAAUACGAUUGCGAACAUUUUUACUUGCCAACUUAUAUAGUUACAGUAUAUGUAACGUUAUCGUAUCGUAUCGAUUUGUUACUGCAGAUCACAUGAUAUAUUGAUAUUGUAUUUAAGAAUAAAUGAUUAGUUGAACAUAUCCCCAAAAGAAGUAGUCACACAGCGUAAAAAUGUAAGAUCAGGUGACCUAAGGAGCCAAGUGCAAAGCGCCGAAUGAUUCAUUUUGAAUAACCCUGUACAAUUUAGUAUCUAUACGAUCGGGAGUCACGUUGUUCCGGUCGCUCGUAUACAUUUACUUCACGUCGAAAAUGUCAGAGAAACUUAUUGAGUUUAAAAAAACGCUAAACCACCCUCCUCGCCCAUGCCUAUCAUCACGACGGUUUAAAGUAUGAUUUCGUUGAAAAUCGGAGUCAGAAUUCGAUCCAUCGGCGGCUGGGUCGAGAGUUGAGAUACGCGUUUGAUCACAUCAAUCGGGAACCUGCUCCCACUCUUAGACUACUAUGAGACACAAAAAUUAAUUUAGUUGUAACAAUAUGAGUCAGGCAGAGUAAAAGCUAAUAAUUAAAAUAAUAGAGACAAAAUUACGUUUUAUUUUUUGUACAACCCUCCCGGUACACGUUUCGGCGACACGCGUUCACGAUAUACAGAAUUACAGAAAAUAAAUCAUAGGACUGAUAUAAUUUUUAUAGAUAUCCGAUGUAUAAUAAUAACAAACCGAUAUUAAAAAAUAAAAAAAGCUACAACUAUAGUACCUACCUACCUACAAUCCGAUAAAACAAUAAUUUUAAAAUACAGCAUUAUUACUUAUUAGUAUUAAUAUAAUUUUCUGCGUUUAUUCGCAAUAAUAAUGUAGUAAUAUGAAGUAAUUAUAGGCAGUCUCAUUUGCCAAAUAUUAAUAAUAAAAGAUACAUAAUAUACAAAUUAGUAUAAUUUAUUACGUAUUAUAUUUUAGUCAGUCUUCAAGACCAAGUAGAUAAUUCAAAUUCAAAUACAAUUAAUAUUAAACGAUUUUCCUGGUUUCUCUUAAUAAAUUGAAUUAAUAUUACAUUUCAAAAUAACUAGACGAGUAAACAUAGCAAUCCCCAGCUAUACAACGGGCACUGUGUGCAGUGCGUUGUGUAUAGUAUGCAUAAUUAAUAAAUCGAACGUCAUUGAAUAAAAAAUAGGUAUAAGUACCUAUUCACUUGUAUGGCGUACAUAUUAUAUAUUUUGCAUUAUUCUCAUCAUUAGGCACAUAAUACAUUAUCAUCGUUAUUAUUGCACGUAGGUAAUUAGAUAUUAUAAUACAAUUAGAAAUAUAUAUGUGAUUUGUGUUACUAUUCGUUAAGUCCGUUUUAGGUAUAAGUAUAUAAACAUUUAAACAUAUUAUAGAACCUAUAUAUUAUAAACAAUUAUUAUUAUUAUCAUCGCUGUAGUCUCUCUAUAGGUAUAUAUUUGACCCACCGCCACAAUAUUUAGGUACCUACGUAAAUGUAAAUAAGAAAUAAACUUUAUUACUUCCCCUCGUUUAAAAACGAUUAUCGUGUGUGAAUGUGUGCGUUUUUAAAUAUAUACAAAUACAUAAAUUUUACCCGCCUGUACGGCUGUACAUAAUAUAUUAUAUAACCGACGACCAAAGCGCCGAUCUGUCCUGCAUGCAUAUUAUACGCGUAUUAUAAUAUCGUAGUUUGCGGUCUCGUAUUAUUAUUAUUAUUAUUAUUAUCAUUAUUACUAUUAUACGGUGUAUAUACUAUUAUAUUAUUAUUACGGUUACCUCACCACCCUCAUCCCUUACAAAUACUUCCCCACCGGCCACCGACCCUUACAUUUAUAUUACUCGGUUACUGUAACGUCGUGAACGAAAAACAAAACCGAAAAAAUCCUUCUCCCUAACUCCCCACACACACAACAACCGCUGUAUAUUAUACGAGUUUCGAUGGUUCCUCUCCACCCUUGUCACACACUACAGUUGUACUACACAAUGCGUAUAAUAUAAUAAUAAUUGUAUAUUAUAAUCAUCGUUGUCGUACUCGACCGAAAAUAGUCGACUGGAGGAAUGGCGUGCGCGUGAACUAGAUUUUAAUUUUAAUAUCUGGCAACAAAAUCCGUACACGACGACAACGACGUUUUCCGUUUGCCAUUUACCGUUCGCUAUUUUUACACACUCGACGCAAAUGUUAAGUAGGUACCUAUAUACCGACUGGUCAGCGCGUACUGCGAGCGAUUUAUUUCCGCCCCGACGCAACACGCCACUCACGUGGGCUGUCGAAACCCGUCCAAUUUAAAAGUUAUAAUAAUAAUAUAAUAAACACCGAAGUACGCUCCAUCGUUACAUUUUUGGGAUGUGCUCUGGCCAGCUAUAUCAGAUCAAUUAUGAUAAUACAGCUCAUCUCGUCUAACCGCACUAUUAUAUAAUACCUAAUAAAUAUAUUAUAUAUACAUCGUAUACACUAUUAGAUCGUCAUAAGUUAUUGUAAUUUAUAAAUAUUAUUAUAAUGUAAGCAUAUCCAAAAAGUUACUAAUUUCAUAAAAUUAAAAGUGAAUGUUUUUUUUUUUAAAUUUAUUAUAAUAAGUUGUCUUAUAGAUGUAGAUAUAAUAUACAAUAUAUGUACCGACUUACACCGACUUACUAUCUUAGAUAUAAGAUAAUAUUAUAUAAAGCAAAACAAUAUUGUUCCGACGUUUGAUUUUGAAAAAAUCAUAAUAUACAUAAUAUAAUAAUUUCCAUGUAUUUAGGUACUGAAAUACCUUAGUCCCUACUCUAUAUUACCUAUAUUAUUAUAGACGCGAGUCGUGACGACAAGCCGCUAUAAUAUCUUAUAUUAUACAUUUAUAAUACCUACUGUAGGUACCUACAUUAUUUUUACGGUACCUACUUAUGAUAUUGUGCAUUUUUAGAUGAAUAAAAGUUUAAAUUAUAUAAUAUACGAAUAUGCGUUUACGAAAUA